AUGGAAAUGGAACUAACAGACUGCAUUGUGUCAUACAUGAAAGCCAGAUUUCAAGAGGAGGUAUUCAGUGGACCUCAUGCCCUUCCAGAUAUAUCAAUUCUGUUUCUGGUGUUAUGCCUAUCAGUCACCCAAUCAACAUUGGGAAAAAUCAGGGUGGAAAAACCUGCAAUGCAGAAGCUGCUGAGAGAUAUGCUGGAAGUGACUGAGCCAUCCAUUCUGGUGACUGACUCAAACACCAUCCACAUUUGGUAUUUGCCAGAUGCUCUCAGCCCAAAAAGAAGGGCUGAUGUAUGGAACUGCCUUCAUCUUCUGAGGGAACCACUGCAGGAGAGCAUAAAGGCUUCCCCACAGGCAUGGUGGAUGGACAAGUCAUAUUUCCUGCAAUAA